UUUAGCAGUAACGGAGUGUCUUUGCUGAUAUUAAAAGCGCUCAUACAAACAUGUCAUCGUGACCUCAACCUCUUUUCAAAGUACAUUGUAAAGAUCUUGAGCCUAUUACUCGAUACUCGAGAUUUAGAAUUAAUUGACCUCACUUGCGAAACAUUUAUCGUGUUCUGUACUUUUCACGAUGGAACCACAUUAGGUGUCGAUGCUGAUUUUACUACCGAUUACGAAACACUCCUUCAAAAGUUUGCAGGGUUCUGUAAUUAUACCACAGAAGACCCAUCGCUCGCUCAAAAAAUGCGAUACAUUGGACACCGUGCGAUUCAAGCAGCCGUUACCUCAGGAGCAUUACAGUCUUCUGAUUUCAAGACGCAACUAAAUAUCUUAUUCCCUCCUUUAAUUGUUACACUGGCCUCUUCUUCUAAUCCUAUGGAUGCAUUAGAAACAAAUGAUGGCUCUAUUGAUAUUCGAGAAUCAGCAUUGAAUCAUAGUAAAGUAAUUAAUGAUCAAUUGAUUGGGUGGGUGGCAGCCCAUACGAUUUCUAUCUUGUUUAAUAAGGUCACUGGUCCUUCUGUCCGACUUUCCCUUGUACCCUUAUUUGAAUAUAUGAAUAAAAAGGAGAAAUGGUGGCCUCCUAACUUGGCAGUCAAUAUUAUGAAAUUAGUAUUAGAUUCAUUACAGCCGCAAUAUCGAUAUUUACUCGUGUCAGAUAUAUUACAUCAAUUGGAUUUGAAUGACGAAAAUCACUUGAUCAAUGAUAAAUACGCCUCACUCGUCUCUAUUCUGGAUUCAAUUUUAAAUGCCAAUACACCGUUAGUGGGUAUCAGUGUACUGGAAGUAUUGAACUCACUUUUCAGCUUGCUCAUUAAAACCACACACCAUCAUGCGUUUUUAUCCAACCACGAUGAUGUGGGCUACGGUCAUGUGAUUCAACGUGGACUGGUUCAUUCGAUUGGUGGAUUAGCAACACAGACGUAUUAUGAGAAUCAAUUGAAUGAUAUGGUUGGGUAUUUGGUGAGUAAGACACGACCCAAUACCUCGUUAGAGACAGUGGAUAACAUGUCCAUCUAUGAUUAUCGGUUGAUUGUCUUGUGUUGUCUAGACAGUGUCGUGAUGGGAUCAUCGAAACAGACCUUACAGGAGACAGAGUUUCCCUAUGAAGCCUUGAACCCCGCACUCGAGUUAUUGCAUGAUAAAAAUCCAUUGACGCGUAUUGCAUUUUCCAAGAGUCUGUAUGGCGUAUUACAAACCGUGAACGGAGAUGUAGGGAUGGAUGAACGAGCGUAUGCUUUAGAAUCGUGCCUGAUUUCAUCGUUCCUGAUGAUGAGUCAAUACUAUGGACUUCCAGCGUUAGCGGAGUAUAUGCAAGAGGUAAAAGAAAAGCGAGGAUUGAGGAUCGAUGAUGUCAUGUUGACGGAAUCGUUGAAUGAAACAAUGCAAUAUGAACCCGAGGUAAGGAAUAGUAGUAGCGCGGUUUGGAUUGAUCGUAGUCAAGUUGUGGAAAUAAUGUCCAAAGAAGGCAAAUUACGUGGAAAAGGAGAUCCUCAUGGAUUGGAAUUGGAAGCGAAAUUAUUUGCGGAAUGGGGAUCAGAUGCUUUUUUGAAAAAAGAUCAAUCGAUUCGUACAAGAAUUUUCCAAGACUCAAAUGAAAAUAAACCCAAAUUAUCUAAUCCUUGGGAACCCUCUUCUGAAUACGUUGUGGUGACACGGGAAGAUCGAAAGAAUAGCAUUCGUGUAGCGACGUUAAAAGAAGCACUGACGGCACAAUUAAGUGCAGAAGAGGAAGUGGAUUCUGACUCAACUCAAAGUAACUCUAUUUCGGCUCAUUCGAAGCCUUUUAAAUUGGAUAUGAAUGCUCUCUUGAACGAAUUAAAUUUACCUCCUGUCACUCCCAGUACUGUAUCUCUAGUAAAUCCACCUUACAAAUCCACUUAA